CCGGUUCCUCCCUGGGGCCGCACGUGGAGGGUUUGGGAGCAAUGGCGGAGGCUGCAAAAGCAAGCACCAGCCUCGGGCUGUCUGGGACAGACGCGACGCAGUGGCCUCUGCAGCGCUACGGCCGCUUCAUGCCAUUGGGUGACGGUGAACCUCCUGCGCCGGGCCAGGGGAACCGGCCGGGUUCCUCCCGCUCUUGGAAGGUUUUUGAGUCCAGUGAAGAAUCCGGUUCCAUUGUUCUCACCAUAGUAAUAUCGGGUCACUUCUUCAUCUCCCAAGGGCAAACACUGCUGGAAGGGUUCUCACUCAUUGGCAGCCGGAGCUGGUUGAAGAUUGUGAGACGUGUGGACUGUCUGCUCUUUGGAACCACGGUAAAGAACAAGAGCCGCAUGUUCCGGGUGCAGUUCGCUGGCGAGUCCAGGGAGCAGGCGCUGGCCAACUGCUGCAGCUGCACACAGAGCCUGGCCCAGUAUGUGCCCGUGGACAUCCCCGGCCCUGUGCUGCUGGCAGGGGACAGCCAGGAGGACGGUGGCCUGGAGUGCAGGCCACUUCAGCAGGGAGUCCAGCAGAACCCAGGGCAGCGGGUGUGUGGGAUGGAGGGCCCGAGCGGGCCAGGAACAAGCACCUCCGUGCCGCAGCUCGCUCAGGCCAUCCUGGCCUCAGAGGAGCUGCCCCUGGCCUACCACCAGACUCCGUGGGCUGCGGAGGAGCUGGGACCCUUCCUGCGCCAGUGCCUCCUGGACCAGCACUUCCCGGCGUUCGUGGAAGACGUGGAAAAGGAGCUGAGGAAGCUGUUGGGGCCGAGCAAGUAACGCCCCCUGUAUGUGUGUCAC